AUGGAGGCCCUGAUUGCGCGGGCGGUGGCCCUCUGGCAUGAGGUUGGCGGGUAUGCAACCUCGCGGCUGGGCGUCUCUGCCAGCACGUUCCAGGUGGCCGCGGCCGUCGUCGUCGUCGUCGUCUCCACGGUCCUCGUCCGGCUCCUCGCCCGGUGCGAAUCCUCCCGCCCGAUCCCCUACUCCGUCCCGCUGCCCAAGGUCGCCUCGCCCGAGACCUUCCUCGACGAGCCGCUGUCCAUCCGCGAGGCCGGCUCCUCCGCGAUACGCUGCUACGCGCCCGCGACGGGCCAGCUGCUGGGCCACGUCAACGCCUCGUCGCCCGGCGCCAUCGACCGCGCCGUGGCUGCCGCGUCGGCCGCACAGGCCGGCGGCUGGGCGCGCACGACGUUUGCGCAGCGUAGGGCUGUGCUGCGUACCCUCAUGCAGCAUGUGCUUGACCAUGCGGAGGAUAUUUGCCGCGUCGCGGGGCUCGAUAGCGGGAAGACCAUGGUGGAUGCGCAGCUGGGUGAGAUUCUCGUCACGGUGGAGAAGAUCCAGUGGACGCUGAAGCAUGGCGAGAGGGCGCUCCGGCCGAGUCGCCGGCCGACGAACCUCCUCAUGGCGUAUAAGCGCAACACGGUGCGCUACGAGCCCAUGGGCGUGGUGGCCGCGCUCGUCAGCUGGAACUACCCCUUCCACAACAUGAUGGGGCCCGUCAACAGCGCCCUCUUCGCGGGCAACGGCAUCGUCGUCAAGGUCUCGGAGCAGACGGCCUGGUCCAGCGCCUACUUCCUCGGCGUCGCGCGGGGCGCCCUCGCCGCGCACGGGCACGACCCGGCGCUCGUCCAGGCCGUCGCCUGCUGGCCCCAGACGGCGGGCCACCUCACGGCGCACCCGGGCGUCGCGCACGUCACCUUCAUCGGCUCGCAGGCCGUGGCGCGCCACGUCGCCGCCAGCGCCGCCACGAGCCUCACCCCCGUCGUCGCCGAGCUCGGCGGCAAGGACCCCUUCAUCGUCCUCGACUCGGCCGCCCGCGACCUGCCCCGCAUCGCCGAGGUGAUACUCCGCGGCACCUUCCAGGCCGCGGGGCAGAACUGCAUCGGCAUCGAGCGCGUCAUCGCCUCGGGCGCCGUCUACGACCGCCUCGCCGCCAUGCUCGAGCCCCGCGUCCGCGCCCUCCGCCUCGGGCCCGACGCCGACGUCGGCGCCAUGAUCUCCGACGCCUCCUUCGACCGCCUCGAGGGCCUCGUCGCCGACGCCGUCGCCCGGGGCGCCCGCCUCCUCGCCGGCGGCCGCCGCUUCCGCCACCCGGACCACCCGCGCGGCCACUACUUCCAGCCCACCCUGCUCGUCGACGUGACGCCCGACAUGCCCAUCGCCCAGCACGAGUGCUUCGCCCCCGUCCUGACCAUGCUGCGCGCCCCCUCCUCCUCCCCCGCCGACGUCCUCGCCAUCGCCAACGCCCCGGACUUCGGCCUCGGCGCCUCCGUCCACGGCUCCGAGCGCGACCCCGCCCUCGAGCACGUCGUCCGCGGCCUCCGCGCCGGCAUGGUCGCCGUCAACGACUUCGCCGCCUACUACGCCGUCCAGCUGCCCUUUGGCGGCGUCGCCGGCUCCGGCUACGGCCGCUUCGCGGGCGAGGAGGGCCUCCGCGGCAUGUGCAACCUCAAGAGCGUCUGCGAGGACCGCUUCGGCUGGCUUGGCGUCCGCACCGCCAUCCCCCCGCCCGUCCAGUACCCCGUGCCUAGCCAGCAGAGGAGCUGGAACUUUACCCAGGGCGUCGUCGAGCUCGGCUACGGCGGCCCCGCCAGAAAGGCCAAGGGCCUGGCCAGGCUGCUCAAGAACAUGUAG